AUGUCUGACGUCGUCAUCGAUGCUGCUGCGUUUUUCAAGCGCGUCUCCAUUAUCCAGAAGCGCCUCGCCGAUCCCGGCCAGAGGCUCGCCAGUCUCUUGUUCUUGCUGGGCACCCGCGACGACGAGUCCACGUACAAGAAGUCCAUAGUCUUCCAGCUCUGGCUCCUCGGCUACGAGUUUGCACACACCGCCAUCUACAUCGACCAGCACAAAUGCAUUGUGGUCACCAGCGAGGGCAAGGCCAAGCAUUUGCAGCCGUUGGCGGCGGCGCUGGCGGCGGCGGCGCUGGGCCUCGAGGUGUGGGCCCGGACCAAGGACGCAGACCACAACAAGGGGCUUUUCACCCGGUUGGCGCGCGUGUUGCAGGCGCAGGGCUCGGCCGAGCGGCCCGUGGGCGUGAUUGCCAAGGACCUGUUCAAGGGCAAGUUCAUCGACGAGUGGACGCAAGCGGCGCUGGCCUUGGACUUGCCGACGGCGGACGCGGCGCUUUUCGUGUCCGAGAGCAUGGCGUUGAAGGACGCGGACGAGUUCCGCGCCACGCUGAUGGCGGCGCGGGCCUCGGCGGUCAUGAUGGACUCGUUUGCCAACGACAUGAUGGAGUUGGUGGACAACGAGACCAAGACCUCCAACGUGGACAUCUCCGACCGGCUCGACAAGAAAAUCGACCUGAACCGCUGGUACACCAAGUCGGCGUUGGGCAAGAAAACCUUGCAGGCCAGCAAGGACUUCGACCCCGAGCUCGUGGACUGGUGCUACUCGCCCAUCGUGCAGAGCGGCGGCGACUACGACUUGCGGCCCAGCGCCGUGUCGCUGGACAAGCGCUUCGUGGGCGACGGCGCCAUUCUCUCCUCCUUGGGCUUGCGCUACCGGAACUACUGCUCCAACAUCGCGCGCACGUUCAUGAUCGACCCGCCGCCCGCCAUGGAGGCCAACUACGACGUUCUCUUGGGCUUGCAGCUGCACCUUGCCACCUCCUUGUUGCGCGACGGCAAGUCCGCGCGCGAGGUGUACGACGGCGCGGCCGACUUCGUCAGGUCCCGGAACCCAGACUUGGUGGACAAGCUCACCAAGAACGUGGGCUGGUUGACCGGCAUUGAGUUCCGCGACUCCACGCUCAUCUUGAACCUGAAGACCGAGCGCACGUUGGUCAACGGCCAGAUCAUCUCCUUGACCAUCGGCUUCCACAGCUUGUCCAACGAGUCUGCGCCGGGCCCCCAGCUGAAGACCUAUGCCUUGCUUCUCACCGACACGUACAAGGUGGGCGAGAACGAGGCCAUUGCCUUGACCAACUACCAGAAGGCCCGCAAGGAAGUCACGUUCUACUUCAAGGAGGACGGCAAGCCGGGCGCGUCCAGGCCGGAGCCGAGCGACCGCAAGGUGAAGCCGGAGAAGGACGCCGCGGUCGAGAAGAAGUUGGCCCUCAACGACGCCAACUCCAAGAUCUUGAAGUCCAAGUUGCGCAACGAGAGCGCCGCCGCCGACGACGUCAACGCGGAAAAGCUCCGUCAAGACACGCAGCGCCUCUUGCACGAGAGGCGUGAGCAGGAAGGCUUGGCCCGCUUCUCCAAGGCCGACGCCACCGACGACUCGGACUUGAGGCCCAUCUUCAAGCGAUACGAGUCCUACGUCAGAGAGUCCCAGAUCCCCAGUAACGUCAAGGACCUCAAGAUCCACAUCGACUACAAGAGCCACACCAUCAUCUUGCCCAUUUGCGGGAGACCCGUGCCGUUCCACAUCAACUCGUUCAAAAACGGCUCCCAGAACGAAGAGGGCGACUACACGUACUUGAGGUUGAACUUCAACUCCCCGGGAGCAGGCGGCGCCAACUCCAGAAGAACCGAGUUGCCCUACGAAGACUCGCCCGACAAUCUGUUUGUGAGGUCGCUCACAUUCCGCUCCCGCGAUCGUCAAAGAAUGAUCGAUGUCUACAAGGCCAUCCAGGACUUGAAGAAAGACAGCGUCAAGCGUGAGGCCGAAAAGAAGCAGUUGGCCGAUGUGGUCACCCAGGGGAACUUGGUGGAGUUGAAGGGCUCGAGAAUGAAGAAGUUGGAGCAGGUCUUCGUCAGACCGACCGCAGACACAAAGAAGAUUGGCGGUGUGUUGCAGAUUCACGAGAACGGCUUGCGUUACCAGUCGUCGUUCAGGGCUGACCAGAAAAUCGACAUUUUGUUCAGUAACAUCAAACAUUUGUUCUUCCAACCUUGCAAGGAGGAGCUCAUUGUCAUCAUCCACUGCCACUUGAAGAGCCCCAUCAUGAUCGGCAAGAGAAAGACGCACGACGUGCAGUUCUACCGAGAGGCAAGCGACAUGGCUUUUGACGAGACUGGAGGACGCAAGAGGAAGUACAGGUACGGAGACGAGGACGAGUUGCAGCAGGAGCAAGAGGAGAGAAAGAGAAAGGCCAUGUUGGACAAAGAGUUCAAGAGCUUUGCAGAGUUGAUUAGUGAUGCCUCGAGAGGCGCCAUUGAUUUGGACAUUCCGUUCAGGGAAUUGGGGUUCCAGGGUGUGCCUUUCAGGUCUGCCGUGUUCUGUAUGCCCACAAGAGACUGUUUGAUCUCCUUGAUCGACCCUCCAUACUUGGUUGUCACAUUGGAGGAGAUCGAAAUCGCGCACUUGGAGCGUGUCCAGUUUGGAUUGAAGAACUUCGACUUGGUUUUUGUCUUCAAGGACUUCCUGAAGCCUGUCGUCCACAUCAACACAAUCCCAAUGGAGUUGCUAGAGGACAUCAAGAACUGGUUGACUAAUGUUGACAUUCCUUUCAGCGAAGGACAAAUGAACUUGAACUGGGGUGCGCUUAUGAAGACCAUCACGGCCGACCCUUACGCCUUUUUCUCUGAUGGCGGAUGGCGUUGUUUGACCGGUGACGGUGAGAGCGACGAAGAGAACUCUGAGGACGAAGAGUCUGAGUUCGAGGCCUCGGACGAAGACCCUUCGGACGAAGACGUGGCCAGUGAAGAAGACAGCGAGGACGCGUAUUCUUCAGACGGGUCUGAAGGAAGCGGAAGUGGAGAAGAAGAUGAGAGCGAUGACGGCGAUGACUGGGACGAGUUGGAGAGAAAAGCCGCCAGAGACGAUAGCAGGCGCGGCCGCGAAUAG